AGACACAAAAUCUUUCAACUCCUCCGAAUAGUUACGUGUGUCUCACGUGGAACAUAACGAACAGUAGAAAUCACAAGGGAAUAAAGCUGAAGUCUUCAAGAAAUCGACGGAAGCGAGGUGGCUGUGAGAGAUGGCAGUGGCGGCACUUGGCCAACUCAAUGUGGACGAGCCUCCGCCGGCGUGGGGUUCCCGUAGUGUUGAUUGCUUCGAGAGAUUGGAGCAGAUUGGUGAAGGAACUUAUGGACAAGUUUUCAUGGCCAGGGAAAUCAAGACUGGGGAGAUUGUUGCUUUGAAAAAGAUACGUAUGGAUAAUGAGAAAGAAGGGUUCCCUAUCACUGCCAUACGUGAAAUUAAGAUUCUGAAGAAGCUUCACCAUGAAAAUGUUAUUAAGCUGAAAGAGAUAGUUACUUCUCCAGGUCCAGAGAGGGAUGAGCAAGGGAGGCCAGGUGAGUAUAGCUGUUGCAGAGACUGCAAUUUAUUUGCUUUUAUGUUUUGCUUGAAAGUUUACUUGAGUUGUAUCUUUGUUGAGACUACAGAUGGUAACAAGUACAAGGGCAGCACCUAUAUGGUUUUUGAGUACAUGGACCAUGACUUGACAGGCCUUGCUGAUCGUCCUGGACUUCGAUUUACAAUUCCCCAGAUAAAGUGUUACAUGAGGCAGCUGCUGACUGGGCUGCACUACUGUCAUGUUAAUCAAGUACUUCAUAGGGAUAUUAAAGGCUCAAAUCUUUUGAUAGAUAAUGAAGGAAAUUUGAAGCUAGCAGAUUUUGGUCUUGCAAGGUCAUUUUCUUAUGACCACAAUAACACUCUCACAAAUCGUGUUAUUACUUUGUGGUAUCGGCCUCCAGAGUUGCUACUCGGAGCCACAAAGUAUGGACCAGCUGUAGACAUGUGGUCUGUUGGCUGCAUCUUUGCAGAGCUAUUGAAUGGAAAGCCUAUCUUGCCGGGAAAAAAUGAGCCUGAGCAAUUGAAUAAGAUAUUUGAGCUUUGUGGUUCUCCUGAUGAAGUCAACUGGCCUGGUGUUUCCAAGAUGCCUGGGUAUAACAAUUUGAAGCCUUCAAGGCCCAUGAAGAGGCGCGUUAGGGAGGUUUUUAGACAUUUUGACCGCCAUGCUCUGGAGUUAUUGGAGAAAAUGCUAAUGCUUGAUCCUUCCCAGAGAAUAUCUGCAAAGGACGCACUUGAUGCCGAGUAUUUCUGGACUGACCCCUUACCUUGUGAUCCCAAGAGCUUGCCUCAAUAUGAAUCAUCACAUGAGUACCAGACAAAGAAAAGAAGGCAGCAGCAACGGCAACAUGAAGAAGCAGCAAAGAGACAGAAAAUACAUCACUCACAGCAGCAUGGUCGUCUGCCUCCAAUACAACACACUGGGCAGUCUCAUCACUGGUCUGGACCAAAUCAUCCUAUGAAUAAUGCGGCACCUCCAGGUCCUGCUGGUCCUGGUCACCAUCACUAUGGAAAGCCUCGAGGGCCUCCUGGAGGUCCAAACAGGUACCCAGGUGGAAACCAGAGUGGGGGAUAUAACCAAAAUCGCGGAGGCCAAGUUGGAGGUUAUAACAAUGGGCCAUAUCCAUCACAAGGCCGAGGUCCACCAUAUGCUGGUGGGGGUAUGGCUGCUAAUGGUCCUAGAGGACCCAGUGGUGGCUAUGGUGUUGGCCCACCAAACUAUUCCCAAAGUGGUCAAUAUGGAAACUCCGGCACUGGCCGAGGUCCAAACCCACCAGGUGGUAAUCGAAAUCAACAGUAUGGUUGGCAGCAAUAAGGUUUACGAGUACUGCUUGAAGUCGACCAGAUACUACACUAACUAAAUAUAAGUGAUACAAUAAACUGAGAUGAAUCCCUCUGCCCUUAGUUUUGGAUGCCUCUUAUGUCAAGACUUUUUAUGCAUCUUUUUAUAGGCUUUUGGUUUUAUAUUUAAAAGCUUUUUUCCUUCAUGUUCAUCUGUAUAGACCAGCACUCUCAGUUUUUGUAAUGGAUAUAAAUUCUCGUAUCAAAUAUAUGCCCUGUUAUUUA